CUCUUUGUCUACUUCGGCCUCCAUUAUUGCCUAACAUGUCACCACAAGACUGUCAGAUGCCCGUACACAUAAUUUAAGCGGUACCUAGCUGCCAUGCACAAAAUCAAGAUUUCCAGAUCUUGAAAUGCGGCAAUAAAACACACCAGUCAUUCUACGAACAAAAUUCACAACAAAUAACAUAGUUCAGGUUCAAAAAUCAUUACGCACAAGUCAGCGUAAUACGGGCUACUAUCAACCGCUUAAAUUAAGCCAUAAUAACUUGGCUUUGACUAUAGUCUUGGUAUAAACUGAGAUAGGUCUUAAGUAAAACAGUGUAGACUAUAUUUUAUAUAAUUUUAUUGACCAUGGAUAACAAAUCAAUUGAAGAUAUAACUAAGGAUAUGUCCGAGUUAACUCUACUAUCAUUUAGAAAGUUAGAUGAUGUCAAAAAAUUGGCAAGACAUUUCCAAUUUGUUAUAAAUCAUCCGAUCACUCAAGAAAAUCAAGUGGUGCUUAAAUACCUGAAGAAUCUAGAUGAAAUGCAUAAGAAUAUCUUUUUAAAGAAACGAGAUGGUGUUCAUGUUGAAUAUAUAUUUACAACUGAGAAGAAAAGUAGUAUGCAACGUCAACGUUUCAAUAGUUUACCUGUUAAUGAAGUACCAGAGCUAUUAAAAGCUGAAUUCUUGACCAUUGAUAAUGCUAAACAGGUACAUAUAUGUACAGAUUGUGAUGUUGAAAUUGAAUUAGUCGAUGACGUGCCUUUAAUGGAAUCUUUGCAGAAGCAUUUCAGUCUAGAAGCGCAUAUGCCUAAGUUGAAACGUGAAAGCAUCGAUGUUGCAGAACCUAUAUUACUUCCGAAGAUGUCACGUAGACUAUCAGCUUUAGAAAGUGGUGAUAAUCAAAAUAUGGAGGAAAUAAUCCAAAUGUUAAAGCCAAUGGAGAAAUUAGAACGUUCAUUCUCAGCUAUGCUUGAAAUGGCAUUGAUCAAAUUGUUACCAGAUAAUUCUGAAGCCAGUAUUGACGCAGCAAUGAAGUUCUAUCAGGAGGCAUACGAGAAAUUGUGUAGUAACAUAGCUAUUAUUGAUUUUUCAACUCAAACAAGCUCUGUAGCACCAAUUAUUAUGAGUAUACGUGAUAAUGUUAAUCAAAAUUUUGCAGUUGACGCAAACAAGAAUUACGAUAAUGAAGAAAUGGAUCAUACACCAGAGAAACCAAUGAAGAAUCAGAUCAAAAAAUACCGUUAUUACGGUCCUAUUGAAAAUAAUAUCGCCAAGUUACUAAUGAAUCAUAAAUUGUUAACUUUAGUUGACGAUAGAACUGGAAAAUUAGCUUUCUUUUGUAUUGCUUGUGAGUACUAUACACUAAGAUUCCGUUAUGAUAGUGUACUAAACCAUGUAUUCAGUGAAACUCAUAUACAUAACCUGGCUUGUAUACUUCAAGCUGAUAAAAAUAUACCAUUCUCUAUGGGUACAGCUACAAUAGACAAAAUCAAAGAUAUGAAUAAAGAGUUUUUACGCAAUCAUUACAUAAAUGAAGAUAAUAAUGGACCCAAUUGCACUCUUUGUAGAACAAGUUUGGAUAAUGAUUGCAUUAUCUUGCAUAUCUUAGAUGAAAAUCAUUUGGGAAAGCUUUCCGAUAAACUGUACAGAAAAAUGAAAGCCAAUAAUCCCGAUGGACAAGUCCCAGAUGAAUGGGGACCUAAAUCAUUGGAUUGGACGAAAUUUUUAACCAGCAGCGGUAAACCUUUAAACAACAGAGAUCAUGUGAUUAUUGAAAAUUUCAUCAAACCAUCGGGAAAGAUUGCUAAUUACUGUUCAUGUUGUGAUAUGACCUUAAAGGGUCCAAGACAGGUUUUAUUCAACCAUAUCCGUCAGAAAAAACAUUUAAGAAAUGCUGCUCCACAUAAACUAACGAUGUUAUAUAAAAAUCAUUGUCGACCAACUGAAUAUUUUGCUAGUUUUGGCAAUCAUUAUAUUUGUACGAUUUGUCCUGAGUACAUCGCUUUACCAUCAUUUGCAGCGAUUGUUGAACAUUUCGAUAGUAAUUUGCAUAUUGAAACGAUUGCUAAAUUAAUCCGUUCCGCAUUAUAUGAUGUUAAUGAAGGCUUAUUUAUUAUGAAUAAGAUAUCCAUGGAUAUAUUUAAAUGUGAAUUCUGUGAUGUUGUAUUAAAAAAUGCAAGUAAAGCUGUGGAACAUAUUUUAUCUAAUUUGGAACAUCAAAGUGCGUUGGCUGAUGUUAAAGUUCGUUCGAAUAAAGGUGAUAUAAUAAGUGUUUAUAUGCAUGGUAAUUUUAUAUUACAUAGUGAAGGUGCAACGUUUAAUUGUGAAUCGUGCAAAAGUGUGUUCAGUUCAAUUCGUUCGUUGUUAAUGCAUUUGGUUUACGCCGAACAUUUCUCAAAGAGACCAACAUCGGAGAAUGUGUUCCGUUUCUAUUUAGAAUUGAAACAUAAUAUAAAUAUGUUGGCGAGAAACAAAUAUGUUUAUUACGAGUUUGGAAAAUUGAAAUGUGGAGUGUGCGAUUCAGAUGUUGAAGACAGUGAAAAUGCGAAGAAACAUGUUGUGUCGCUGCGUCAUAAGGAAAAUAUGGGGGCCAGUUAUGUUAAUAUUAAUUUGGAUGUUUCUGCUAUGGAAUGAGUUACGAAUGCCGGCCGUACAAACUUCGUUGAAGUAUUUUAAUCAUAAUUAUGUUGAAAUAAAAUGUAUUUUACAAGACGAAUAUAAAGUGAGUGAAGUUUUUAAUAAAAUUUAAAUAAUUUUUUAAAAUU